CGCCGAAACAGCGCACAUAACAUGCUAACCUCGGUAAUAUAUCUUGUCAAUGUACAAUCUUGCGUGGAUUAAUGCACUCAAGUUCAAUGGUAUUGGAUAUUAAAUGUGAAAAUCUAAAUGCGGAAAUUCUAUGUAGAUUGUAGAUUUGAUUUCAUUUAAUACAUUCAAAAGAAUGUCAGGUUCGAUAUCAUCCGUUGAAGGCGAGUUAAAUGCUAUUGUCAAGGAGUUUCUGGAAUAUUCUAAGCUGGAUAAAACUUUGGCGACUUUUGAAGAGGAAUGCCAAAAACUGGGCAAACCAGUUCAAGAUUUAGCCGGAAAGAGCCGAAGAGAUCAAAGGAUACAAAAAAUUAAGAGUGAAUUUCUCCAGCAUUUCGAUGAUGGGAAAAGAACCGAAUUUUUUGCUGAAUGGGAGACUCACAUAAACCCCGAAAGGAGAGAGAACGAUCAGUUUUGCCAAAAAUUAGAGUUCAAUCUGCAAAUCCACUUUGCUGUGCUGCCCAUGAGAAAAAUUGAUCACUGGAGUAAAGAAGAAGUGGACGAAGCCAUGUUGCAUUUUCACUACUAUCUAGAAAGUAAAGGAUCUGUCUUGAGCGAAUGUGCUGAACUUUUGCCUUAUUAUGCACUGCCUUAUGUUCCCCGGCCAAACACCCAUCCCACAUUUGCCGAGCUGUUUCAGGACGCUUGGGUCACAAAUUUAAGAAACAAGCUGGAAACUUUUUUAUUCGAAGGCUUGAAAGGAAAAGACGACGAAGAACAGGAACCCAGACUAAUCGAAUUAUACCACAACAGAGAUUUAGACCUUCAAGAUGCUCGAAAAGAAUUGCAGUACUUGGAAAGGCACAUUGAAGAAUCAGAGAAGCGCUCUGUACUUCAUGCAAAAAAGUGUGAAAAACUACAGGAAGAAUGUCGACAACUAGUUGCUGUGUCCUCUUUACUGGUAACAGCGCUUGAGAAUGCAGUAAAAGGGAAUUUUGUGGAUAUGGACUGUGUGUUGUCUGCCUGCACCACACAUCUUCCUGACCUGGAGAAACUCCGGAGCGAAUCCCCGAAUUUCGGAAACAAUGCUCAAGUGUCGCAUCACAAUACUGCCAAAAAACUUCAAUCAUCCGAAAAGCUGGAUUUCGACAAGCUGAAACACGCCAUAAAAUCUUCAGAUGAAAAAACAAGAGCUCUUCUUUUCCAAGCUCUUCGUUGGAGACUAACCAAAGUAAGCAGCUGGAACAAAAGGGAAGAAGCAGUUUUGGAGUUCGUGAACAACGACUUCAUGGACUUCAACAUCCAGACAGAAGAAACGGUAAAGAUUUUUAUGUUCAUCCGGUCCAAUAACAAUCUACUUCUUGAAAGCUUCACUCGAUUUUUAAAUGCCUUCGCGUCUUUUGUUUUAGGUCGUCAGUAUUUGACGUCUAAUCCCAAACUGCUGGAGUUGCUCGUAGAGCAUUUGCUCACCAACGACCCAAAAGAUGAUAUCGUUUUAGAUAUGAUACUUGGAACUUUGAAAAAAUUAAGCAUCAGGAGGACCUCUCAAGCAUAUAUGGUCGAAGGCGGUGUAAUCGAGUGGCUAGCCGGAGCAUUCCACUCGGGAGCAGAGAUGUCCGAAUAUGCCAAAAAUUCCGCCAUAGCCUUACUUUUCAACCUCAGUCUCUGUCCCAUGGGGAAAAAACGGUGCGAACCUUUGAAGGUAGAACUCAUCUCUGGUCUAGGGAGACUUUUGCAACUCCAAGAUACGAAAAUAUCUCCAUACGUUAAUGGUAUCUUGUACAGAAUUCUCUCAAUAUCCAGUGUUCGAGAAUACGCUAAAGAACAAGCACUGCCGAAUGCCUUAAGAAAGCUGAUGUCAAAAACUGACGGUGAGCCUAAAAAACAACUAGAGACGAUUUUAGAACUUUUUGUAACAGAUGUCCAGAUUGAAGACGGAAGCUCGGACGAGGAAGAUGAUGAUCAGGAAAAUGAUAGCUUGGAAUCAGAAAUAGAUUCAAAUGAUAACGUGAAAUGUGAAAAUACCGAAAGUUCGGGGGAAACGUUACUACAACAGUACUAUGAAGGGCAGGUAGAGGUUCACCCGGAAAAGGCAGCCAGUCCAGUUCACUCAAACAGAAAUGAUGAUGCUAUUUCAGUGCUAAAUCAUGCUUGUGAAGUGAAGAGCGCUGCCAGCGAAUUAUCAGUAAAGCAAAGUUCGCUACUCAGUUCAUCAUUGAUCUCAGAACAGCCUUUGACGCCAAAGCUGGACAUGGAAGCGACGCAGAUGGUGCGAAAAAUUGUAGGAAUGCCUUCGACAACUCUGGUGGAAGCCGCAGUAGUACCCGAUCCGGCAUCAGUUACUAUUAAAGGACUAAAUGCCAAUGAAUACACAGUUGCUUUCAGUUCUCGCCCUAAAAUUCCUCGGACUCCAGAGCCAGGAGAAAUAGCUUCGCCCAAAAUGCACUGCAGCAGUCCUCUCCGGAGUACAUUGGAGAGACAGUUCAGCUCCGCGGCGAGUAAACAGGGAAUCUACUGCAACAACUGAAGUUUUGAAACUUCUUCAAGAAUACUCAUGUGGCCUUUCAUUGUAAAUACUAUUUAAUGCUGUUGCGACAAAAAAUGGCUUAGUGAAAAUACAGA